AGUGUGUGUUUGAUACUUGUGUGGUGUUGACAUCACAUAAACACGACGAGCGUAUGAAUAGAUCGCGAUUAUUUUCCGGAAUUGAAUCACACGAUAAAAAAAAAUUUAUUUAAGAAAAUAUAAUACACAAAUAUUCAAACAAAAUUAAAAAAGAAAAUUAUUUUUUUAAAAAUAUAAGUGUCAAAAACAUUUAUAAAACUAUAAAUAACCGCGAAGUGACUUUUGAAAAAUUUUUAUGUGCGGAAAAUAUUUUUAACUUUGUCUCAUUGUGGUGUUUUUUUUUGUUUCAUAAACUACUCCCUUCUCGACUGGUGUCACGUUGUGAUCUCUUCCAACUGUAUCGGAAUGUCGUUGGAUUAUUCUUCGCAACUGUAAUCGAAUUGCCCAACAAUCAUCCUUACCAUCGCUGACCCCGUGGCGUGCGCGGCGCCAACCCUGUACGAUCAUGUACAUCCCCCGGGAUCGUCUCCAGCCACCGGAACGGGGUCUUCCGCCGGGGUAGCCUGGUGGUCCAUGAUGAACGGUAGCCUCUACGAAGAUAGCCCCCCUCCAGCACCUCAAAGUGCAGCUACGCCGAUCAGCAAUAGCGGAAUGACUAGUCCAACUACGGUACCAGCUCCUGCAGCUACUACAUCGGCGACAUCGAGUUCCUCGCCUGCCAGUGUCACCAGUAACAGUGGCUCAGCAGGUCCUUUACACAUUCCCGCUAAACGGUUAACAUCUGGUGGUUACGGUGACUGUGGGGAUGGUGUCAUAAGGCACGGUCAUGGUCAGCCUUGGUCGUAUUCACCUUCAGAAAACCAUCAAACAGCAUUUGAACCCACCGUUGGACUGAAUCAUCAUCAGUACAAUGCGCCGACAUACUACAAUCUUGCAGGUGAUGCUUCAGGUAACAGAGAUAGGAAAGCACCUCUGUCCUUUUGGUCUCCGGCCGCUACAGCAGCUGCCGGUACUCCAGAGUACAAAUAUAAUACCGUUCCAGCUGGUCCAAGCGCUGAUCCCGCUGUAUCAUCAUGUCAUCAAAGUUUCUCUGGUAGUUCUUGGUGUAAUUAUUCUCCGUAUUCGACAACAUCCAGGCAUCAUGUGGAUGCCCACCAAGCCGUCCCGUAUCUACCUGCAGAUGAUCGAGGUCGAGCUGCAGCCGCUGCAGCUAUGGUUGCUGAAUCUGCAUCGUUUACACAUGCCCAUGAUAGAGGUUAUGGCCUUGGUAAUUACGCACCUGAACCAGUUCCGUCUACACCUUAUCCUCCUCCAGUUAUGUGGGGAUCAUCCCCAUCUCUUUUUGCUUCAGGUUCGCUGGGUUCCAUGGGUGUAACAGUUCCUUGUGGAGCUGGGACAAAUCCUCUCGAAUGGACCGGACAGGUAACUGUUCGCAAAAAACGCAAGCCGUACUCCAAAUUUCAGACAUUGGAGUUGGAAAAAGAAUUUUUAUUCAAUGCCUACGUUUCGAAACAGAAACGUUGGGAAUUGGCAAGGAAUUUGAAUCUUACCGAACGCCAAGUGAAAAUUUGGUUUCAAAAUAGAAGAAUGAAAAAUAAAAAAAACAACCAACGGCAGCAAUCGCAGCAACAAAACAACAACAAUUCCGCUACCAACAACCAGAACCAUCAUGGUUCGCAUCACCAUCCUUCGCACCAAGUUCAUACGCCGCAUCAUAUUGUGAACCAUCACGUUUCUGCUAAUGGGACGUUGAAACACCAUCAGUGACCAAUGCCGUUUUCUGGGGUAGUUUUGGGCCAUCAUCACCAUGGGCUAGCCAAUUAAAAUACUCUUUAGUGUCAUUUUUACUACAAGAAAACUAGAACCAUUUUCUCCAGAAAAACUUUCGCUAUGUAAAUUUCGAAAUAUUUGAUGUAUUUUGGCAUAUAAUCGAGGUAUGAAUGGUUAUGUGUGAAAAUAACCCCCAAAGUGAUUAUUGAAUUUUGUUCUUUCACACGUUCAUGAAUAUUAAUAUUUAUCAUACUAUUUUGGAUAUGUUAACCUUUUUCUUGGCGAAAAGAUAUAUGAAAAAUUCUUAUACAGACAUUUUCUUGUAACUGUUACUUUUAAAUUGAUUAUAUUUCGUCGUGGCAAA